AUGACUGAAAACGACCGACACAGCUUGCAGGUGAUAACAUGUGUGCUGUUUACCCUCGUCAUGUUACCGAUCGAAACCUUGGUUGACUUCGACUCCUGCCCCACUGUUUGUGAUUGUUCAGAACGGAAGACCUACACGAUCUCCUGCUUUGACAUUGAUGUCAUUCCCACAUUUCCUGCAAGCAUAGAUACACUAUGGCUUCUGGAGACGCGUCUGAAAUCAGUGCCAGGAGAUGUCUUCUCCGACCUGGUAAACAUAUCAAGGAUAUAUAUAUCAGUGGAUCUGACGCUGAAGAGGCUGGAGAGGCAUUCAUUUUAUAACCUGAAGAAAAUCACCCACAUAGAGAUCCGGAAUGCGAGGAGACUGUCAUACAUAGAUCCAGAAGCAUUUAAAAACCUUCCAAACCUGAAAUACCUGGGUAUUUUCAAUACUGGCCUCACCAUCUUCCCUGAUCUCACCAACAUUCACUCAGAUGACAUGAACUUCAUACUUGAGAUCACUGAUCAUCCUUACAUCUCUGAGAUCCCAGCCAACUCAUUCCACGGUAUUACCAACCAAGUGCUGACAGUGAUGCUGUACAGUAACGGCUUCACAGACAUCCAACAUCAUGCUUUCAACGGGACCAAACUGAAUGCUGUGUACCUCCAUAGAAACAGGCGUCUGACCAGGAUGGAUGAAAUGAUGUUUUCAGGCACUGUCAGUGGCCCAAUGCUUCUUGAUGUGUCCCUGACGGCCGUGUCGUCCCUCCCCACGGCAGGGCUGGAGUCUCUCAGGGUGCUGAUGGCCCGCAGCGCCUGGAACCUCAAGAAGCUUCCGCCAAUCAAAACCUUCAAACACCUGACCACCGCUGACCUCACCUACCCCUCUCACUGCUGCGGCUUCAAGAACCUCAAGAAGAAACGAGGAUACCUGGAGUACAUCAUCUGUAACCUGACAGCAUUCUACGACCAGCAGCAGAAGAGGUCCGUAGGUCGUCUCACAGUCCCAUCACUCCAGGGAGACCCCACUGCAGACACAGCUGACCAGCAGUCCAGUGAGGGGGGCUUCAGAGAUGAUGGUGUGUUCAAAGAUACCCAGGGAGACCCCUGGAGAGACUUCCACAGCAGCCUCAACUACCACGCCUACUUCGGCGGGCAGCCGGACGAUGACGUGGGCUUCGGGGAGACGCUGAAGGUAAGAGAGGAUGACCUGUUUGAAUCCCAGCACUGA